AUGAAACGCGGAUCUGAACGUGACGAGAACGAAACUCUUGGGAUCAACGGCAUCGAGAAGCGCUCUCCAUCUCCUAAGAGGCGUACUGCCGUUGAAGAUAUAGGAGUGACGCGAGUCGAGAAAAUGAUUGCUGUUGAUCCACCCAAGCUUAAAAAUACACAAAAAAUAGCAAUCCUCGAUUUUGGUGCUCAAUAUGGAAAGGUGAUUGAUCGGCGUGUUAGAGAGGCCAAGGUGUGCUCUGAAAUGUUUCCAUUGCAUAAAAAAGCAAAAGACUUGGUAGAGGAGAAGUUUGCUGGUAUCAUAAUAUCCGGUGGUCCUAACUCAGUUUAUGACCCUCAUGCUCCUCAAGUCGAUCCUGAAAUAUUUACAUGUGGUCUCCCUGUUUUAGGAAUAUGUUACGGGUUCCAACUUCUCAAUAAGAAUCAUCAAGGGUCAGUAGUAGCCGAAAAAAUUCGGGAAGAUGGUCAAUGUACAAUUGACUUGGAUACAUCAUGUCCUCUGUUCGUCGGUAUGAAUGCUAAAGAAGAAGUUCUUUUGACUCAUGGAGAUUCUGUCUCUGAAUCUUCUGUCGCACCUGGUUUCAAAGUUGUUGGUAGAAGUGGAUCUCAUGUUGCAGCAAUUGCUAACGACGAGAAAAAGCUCUAUGGAGUUCAGUUUCACCCUGAAGUUGAUCUAACAACGAACGGGAAAAUGAUUUUUGAGAAUUUUCUUUAUCGCAUCGCUAAUUGUCGUGGCGAUUUUACAAUGGAAAAUCGUGAAGAUGUCUGCAUCGCAGAGAUAAGAAAAGUUGUGGGUGAUAAAAAAGUUCUGGUUAUGGUAUCUGGAGGAGUUGACUCAACAGUUUGCGCUGCACUUCUUCAUAAAGCACUUGGAAACGAAAGAGUGACGGCUAUCCAUAUUGAUAAUGGCUUCAUGAGAGAGAAUGAGAGUGAGGCUGUUAUAGCUAGCUUAAACGCUUUGAAGCUGAGUGUACACGGAUUCAACUGUGAAAUUGAGUUCAUGCAAGGAACUAUUAAUGGAACUAAAGAGGAAGUGAAACUGGAGAGCACUCUCGAACCUGAGGAGAAACGUCAGAUCAUAGGCAAUACUUUUAUUAGGGUUAAAGAUAGAAUCAUGGAUGAGCUUCAACUCGAUCAAGAUGAAUAUUUUUUGGCACAAGGUACUUUAAGGCCUGACUUGAUUGAGAGCGCAAGUUCUCUGGCAAGUGGCCAUGCAGAUACAAUUAAAACUCAUCACAAUGAUACUGAAUUAGUUCGAAAACUUCGGGAUAUGGGUAGAGUCAUCGAACCACUUAAAGAUUUCCACAAAGAUGAAGUCCGAGAACUAGGAGCUAGCUUGGGACUGCCGGAAGAGAUUGUUCAAAGACAACCGUUCCCCGGACCAGGACUUUGUAUUCGUAUUCUAUGUGGAGUGAAGCCGUAUAAAUGUUCCGAUUUUGAAAUAACUCACUCUAGACUGAAUAUUAUUUCUAAUUUACACAAAGUACCUGAUCUUCUGGAGGAUCAGCAUUACCGUGCCUCGGUUAUUGAGUCUAUGGACGGUUGGAACUUAGAAAAUCUUUUAAACAAGAACUUCGAUAUAAAUUCCACAUUGCUCCCGAUCAAAAGUGUAGGAGUACAGGGAGAUAGUAGAUCCUACUCCUAUGUGGUCGCUCUUUCCACUGAUCAGAGACCCAUUCCUUGGGAUCAUAUGGCUACUCUUGCUCAAGUAAUUCCUAAAAUCGUUCAUAAUAUCAACAGAGUUGUGUAUGCAUUCGGGGCCGCAGUGAAACAUCCUAUCUACUCCAUAACCCCUACCUACUUAAGUUCUUUCACAGUUCGUAAACUUCAAAAAGCUGAUAAAAUCGCUACCGACAUUCUGUUUGGUCAUGCUGUAAUUGAUGGCAAGCAGGUUAAAUUAGAAGAUUGUAGCAAAAAGAUACAACAGAUGCCUGUAGUUAUGGUUCCAAUUCACUUUGAUAGAGACCCAGCUGUUGAGCCGAAUUCUUAUCAGCAUUCUUUCGUAGUCAGACCGUUCAUUACCUCUGACUUCAUGACUGGAAUAGCUGCCAUCCCCGGAAAACAAUUGUCUCAGAAGUCCGUACUGAUGAUGGCAGAAGAGAUAUCAGCUAGAGUCAUGGGAACUUCUCGUAUUAUGAUUGACUUGACAAGCAAGCCACCAGGAACAACUGAGUGGGAAUAA